AUGGAUGACAAUACUGCUUCCCAAAGCUUGCUGCAAUCCGUGCUCGGAUUAUUCGCGCGGAAACGACCGCAAGGAUCGGCAAAGCCGGCGUCACUGAAAUCACGGAAACGCGAGGCCUGGCUACGGACGGAUGCAUUUCUGCAGCGCGAUGAUAUUGAUGAAGCCGACCCAAAGAGUGUUGCAAGGACCUUACGUGCAUUUGAAAAUCUUGUUGAAGAUGACUCUGAUCGAGAGACAGAUAUCUUUGCGGAGCAGAGCUCCCAACAACCCACACACGAGCCGUAUCCGAAGCUUCGUCGCAUGAUCGAGAGUCCGAAUCGCGAUUCGCUUGCCGAUCCAGGCACAUUCAUUCGCGUUAGUAAACGGCGACGAUAUUGCGACGAUGCCAUUCAGGAACUUUUGCAUUUGGAACAGGAAAAAAAGAAGCGCCGAAUUCUGCCUCGUGAAGAGCUAACUCAGGAGUCCAAUAUCGAAGACCCUGAUGCUGACUUUGCUGUGUUGAUGAGGAGACACCUGGUGUCCUUGGACAGUGCAUUGCGAAGAAACUGGAUUUGCGUUUGCCAAAAGUGCUCAGGAUUGAGCGUGAGACUGUCGCUGCCACGAAACAAAAGGGACCUCGAGACAGAGGCGAGUUUUGAAGUGUUCUUUGGCGUGCGUUCCGCCCCUGCAACGACAUUACAAGAAGCUAAAAUCACGGUCAAAGACCUACACACUAGCACAUUGAGGCGCUCAUCUGAGCCUGUAAUCAGCAGCCCACCAGACUUUGCCCACAUAUGCCAGAGCAUCACAGAAUCACUCGGUCAACGAAAUUGCUUGCAUUUUGCUCUCGAGGAUGGGAUAUUUCAGAGGCUUCGUCCUCAGCCAAAAACAUUUGGUAGUGACCGAAUGUCUCAGACAGUAUCCUUAUCGGCAUUGUUCAAUCGCCAGCAAGAAUUGCUUCGUGGCGAAUCGGUACUGCCACUCAAGGGGAAGCGAGUCUUGGCUGUUACACUAGCUUCAGCGCUUCUUCCGUUCUUGGAGACACCGUGGCUGCAAUUUUCCUUCAAUCACUCAAAAAUCCAGUUUUUUGAGCCGCGACAGAAUGAAGAAAUCCCUAACAUUACGAAACCUUUCCUGGCUCUGGAGCACGUUCCAAUCAUCUCAGCCCGCAGUAAAAGCACCAUAGACAGCUCUGGCGCCUCGAAACACAUGGUCCAUCCCAAUGCCAGUGUGCUAGCGCUAGGCAUACUCCUGUGCGAGCUUCACUAUUGCACACCCGUGGAGCUGAUGGCAAAGGACCUGCAUGUCGCCAGGAACAUCAACGAUGAUUAUUAUACCUGCCUCGAUAAGCUUCAGACUCUGGAAGACGAUGCUGGUGUGGAUUACUAUCUCGCCACGAAGGCAUGCCUUACUGGGGAGUAUUAUCCUCUUGGACAGCACGCUGACUUCGAGGAUGUCAGCGUUCAGCGGCUCUUCUACCAGAACGUCGUCAAACGACUUGAGGCCGUGAUAUUCAAGGCUUGGGGUAUUCGAUUAGAGAAUUUGGGUUCAUUUGAUUCUCGACAGAAUGAAUCCUGCUGGGGGCCUAUCGGUCGAGAAGUUGUCCGCCUCCACACAGGCAAGGUUGAUUCCUCUAAUAUAAAUACCACAGCAAGGGCAAGUUCGCAUCGUUCAAUGUCUGACGCCACCCCCGUCAGCUACGCAUCCCUCCACUCGGAUAUCAUGCUACAAAUAUCGUCACAACCUUCUUCGGGGUCGCAAGCCCACGGACACCUCGCCGAGCCCCCGGAGAAGAGCUUGCAUUUUUUUGAUGCAAGCCACCAGAUGGGUCCUGAACAAGAGAAUCCACUCUCAGAGAAAUGGAUGGGCAAUCUGCUGUCCUCGAUCUAUCCCUAUGUUAACCCUGAUUCCGACCUCGCGGAACCGGUGCGAAUAGCGAUUUUGGACUCCGGCCUCGACCCUGAAAACCCAUUCCUGGUCGAGGACCAACAAUGUGCCAACCCACGAAUUAAGGAUGCACGAAGUUUUGUACAUGGAACAGAGUCGCACGACAUUCGAGACGAGAUUGGGCAUGGCACUCAUGCUCUUGGUCUCCUUCUCAAAGCUGCCCCAGGCGCUGAGAUCUAUGUUGCCAGAAUUGCGCGACGAGAGACUAUUGAUCCCAAUACCGUCUUUUGUAUACACUCGACUGAUGGAAAUGGCAAUCCCUCCAAUUUCAACCCUACAGCAAGCGAAACUGACGUCAACUUCAGCCUACUUGGGGAGCAUGUCUCGUCUUACUGGCCGGCUGGUAUGAACGGACACGAUCAGACUGUCAAGGUUAUGUCAGGAACAUCGGUCGCAACACCGAUUGCUGCUAGCCUAGCCGCGUCGGUCCUAUCUUUCGUUCGGCAACAAGAUCAGCACAUUGCUGUAGAAAGCGAAAGGCUGGGACCGUGGCUGAAAAGAGACAAUUCCAUGGAUGCGGUCUUCAAGAGUAUGGCCAGACGGCGGGGGGUAGGCUAUGACUACAUUACACCUCAUAUGCUCUUCGAUAGUGGUUCGACACGGGAGGAUGUUUACAAGAGAAUUAAGGAUAUCAAAAGGAACAUGUACAAAUAG